AUGCUGGCUCCCCCAGAACCUGGGGGCCUUGUCCCCUUCACUAGAGAAUCUCUUGAAGUCAUAAAACAGCACAUUGCUAAAAACCACAGCGAGGAACAUGAAGAAGAUUUAAAGCCAAACCCUGACUUGCAAGAUGGCAAAGAGCUUCCAAUUAUUUAUGGAAAUCUUUCCCGAGGAAUGGUGUCAGAGCCAUUGGAAGAUGUGGACCCCUACUACAAGGGAAAAAAUACUUUCAUGGUAUUAAAUAAAAACAGAACAAUCUUCAGAUUCAAUGCUGUUUCCAUCUUGUGUACGUUAUCUCCUUUCAACUCUGUUAGAGGAACAACUAUAAAGGUUUUGGUACAUCCAUUUUUCCAAUAUUUAAUUUUAAUUUGUGUCCUUAUUGAUUGCACAUUUUUGUCCAUGAUUAAUAUGCCAAAAUGGGGAACAGCAGUAGAGAAUACGUUGCUUGGAGUUUACACAUUUGAAAUAUUUGUAAAACUGCUUGCAAGAGGCAUCUGUGCAGGAUCCUUUUCUUUUGUCGGUGAUCCGUGGAACUGGCUCGAUUUCAGUGUAACUUUGUUUGAGCUUUUAGCAAGAUAUUCACCUCUAAACUUGAUUCUUAAGCUUGAAAUUGUUAGAACUUGGAGAAUUUUGAAAAUUAUUCCUUUAAAUCAAGGUCUGAAAUCCCUUGUAGUUAGCCUGAUUCAUUGCUUAAAGAAACUCCUUGGUGUCAUUAUCUUAACUUUGUUUUUCCUGAGCAUAUUUUCUCUCAUUGCAAUGGGACUCUUCAUGGGUAAUCUGAAGCAUAAAUGUUUGCGAUGGCCCCAGGAAGAUGAAAACGUAACCUUGCACAACAGAGCUGGAAAUCCAUAUUAUAUUCGAGAAACAGACAACUUUUAUUACUUGGAAGGAGAAAGAUAUGCUCUCCUGUGUGGCAACAGAACAGAUGCUGGUCAGUGUCCUGAAGGAUAUGUGUGUGUCAAAGCUGGCAUAAAUCCUGAUCGUGGCUUCACCAGUUUUGACAAUUUUGGCUCAGCAUUUUUGUCUUUAUUUCGGUUGAUGACUCAGGAUUACCCAGAAGCACUUUAUCACCAGAUUCUUUAUGCCUCUGGGAAAGUCUACAUGAUCUUUUUUGUUGUGGUGAGUUUUUGGUUUGCCUUUUAUAUGGCAAGUUUGUUCUUAGGCAUAUUUGCUGUGGCCUAUGAAGAAGAAAAGCAAGCAGCUGCUGAAAGAUCCAUGAAGAUUGGGCCAACAUUUCAACAGACUUUAAAAGAACUUCAAGAAAGAGAUGAAGUAGGAGAGGUAUGUACAACACAAAUAGAAAUGAAGAAAAGAUCAUCAACUUCCAUAAACACACCUAUGGAUAUACUGGAAGACACUACUCUCAGACAAAAAGAAGAAAUUAAAAAAUCCAAGAAGCUAUGCUCAUUGUGUUGGUAUAGGUUUGCUAAAACUUUCUUGAUAUGGAAUUGUUCUCCCUGUUGGUUAAAAUUGAAAGAGAUUUUCCAGAGGAUUAUAACAGACCCAUUUACUGACCUUUUCUUUACCAUAUGCAUAAUUUUAAACAUAUAUUUUUUGGCUCUGGAACAUUAUCCAAUGAGUGAUGAAACCAACCACCUUCUUAGCAUUGGAAAUCUGGUUUUCAUUGGAAUUUUUACAGCAGAAAUGAUUUUUAAAAUAAUUGCCAUGCAUCCAUAUGGGUAUUUCCAAGUAGGUUGGAACAUUUUUGAUAGCAUAAUUGUGUUCCAUGGAUUAACUGAAGUUUAUCUAGCAAAUGUUGAAGGAAUGGCUCUUUUUCAAUCAUUAAGGAUGUUGCGAAUUUUCAAGUUGGGGAAAUACUGGCCGACUUUCGAGAAGCUGAUGCUGACUCUUAGUAAUUCACUGGACGACCUGAAAGAAGUGAUCAUUCUGCUGUUCACGUUCAUUUUCUUUUCUUCUGUGUUUGGCAUGAAGUUGUUUGGUAGCAGUUACAGCACGUGUGUCUGCCGCAUUGACAAAGACUGCCGACUCCCGCGCUGGCACAUGUCCGACUUCUUCCACUCCUUCAUGAAUGUGUUCCGGAUUCUCUGUGGAGAGUGGAUAGAAACCCUAUGGGACUGCAUGGAAGUAGCAGGCCAACCUCAGUGUAUUUUGUUUUACAUGAUGGUUAUUUUAAUAGGAAACUUACUGAUACUUUACUUGUUUCUGGCAUUGGUGAGCUCAUUUAGUUCAUACAAUGCUGCAAAAACUGAAGAGAACAAUGAAACAAAAAAUCUCCAACUUGCCAUGGAAAGGAUAAAGAAGGGAAUAAACUAUAUGCUACUUAAAAUAUUAUGCAAAAAACAAAGUGCUCCAAGGGAGACAAUGAACCAAGUGAAUGACAUGUAUGUUAAAGAAAAUAUAUCUGACCAUACUCUUUCUGAACUGAGCAACAAUCAAGAUUUCCUCAAGGAUGAGGAAAAAAGUAUUGGCACUGAGAAAAACACCAUGACUGAAAAUGAGAAUCUGUCACUUAUGCCCAGUCCUAGUGUCUCAGAAACAGUGCCAAUUGCCUCAGGAGAAUCUGAUAUAGAAAAUCUGGAUAACAAGGAGAUUCAGAGCAAGUCAGGUGAUGGAGACAGCAAAGAGAAACUAAAGCAGUCUAGCUCAUCUGAAUGCAGUACAGUGGACAUUGCUAUCUCUGAGGAAGAAGAAAUGGUCUAUGAACAUGAAAAGCCAAAGCAUCUAAAAAAUGGUUGUAGACGGAGAUCUUCACCUGGUCAAAUCAGUAGACUAUCUAGGAAAGGAAAAAUCUGGCAGAACAUAAGGAAAACUUGCUGCAAGAUAGUUGAAAACAGUUGGUUCAAGUGUUUCAUUGGACUUGUCACUUUAUUCAGCACAAGUGCUCUGGCUUUUGAAGAUAUAUAUAUUGAUCAGAGAAAAACUAUUAAAAUCUUAUUAGAAUAUGCUGACAUGAUCUUCACUUACAUAUUCAUUCUGGAAAUGCUUCUAAAGUGGAUUGCAUAUGGUUUUAAAGCUUAUUUCUCUAACAGCUGGUACAAACUGGACUUCAUGGUUGUUAUUGUGUUUUGUCUUGGUUUAAUAGGCAAAACUCGAGAAGAGCUAAAACCACUUUGUUCUAUUAAAUUUCUACGGGCACUCAGAGUUCUAUCUCAAUUUGAAAGAAUGAAGGUGGUUGUGAGAGCUUUGAUAAGAACUACUUUACCAAGUUUGAAUGUGUUUCUGGUCUGCCUUAUGAUCUGGCUGAUUUUUAGUAUCAUGGGAGUGCACUUAUUUGCUGGGAAAUUCUAUGAAUGCAUUGAUCCAACAAGUGGAGAAAGGUUUUCUGUAUCUGAAGUCAUGAAUAAGACUCAGUGUGAAAGUCUUGUUUUUAAUGACUCCAUGCCAUGGGAAAAUGCAAAACUAAACUUUGAUAAUAUUGGAAAUGGUUUCCUUUCUCUGCUUCAAGUAGCAACAUUUAAUGGAUGGAUCACUAUUAUGAAUUCAGCAAUUGAUUCUGUUGCUAUAAAUAUGCAGCCUGCUUUUGAAUACAACCUCUACAUGUAUUUUUAUUUCAUCAUCUUUAUUGUCUUUGGAUUAUUUCUCCCUCUGAGUAUGCUGAUCAGUGUGAUUAUUGACAAUUUCAACAAGCAUAAAAUAAAGCAGGGAGGCUCAAAUAUCUUUAUAACAGCAAAGCAAAAGAAACAAUACCGUGAGCUAAAGAAACUGAUGUAUGACAACUCUCAAAGACCGGUACCACGUCCAGGGAACAAAUUCCAAGGAUUAAUUUUUGACUUGGUAACAAGUCAAGUUUUUAAUGUCAUCAUCAUAGUUCUUAUCUGUUCCCAAGUAAUUACCUUCAUGAUACAAAGUGAUGAACAGAGUCCACAAGUGGAAUGUGCUGUCUACUGGAUUAGCUCAGUCUUUGUUAUGCUGUAUACUUUGGAAUGUCUCCUGAAGCUCAUCUCUUUUCUUUGUUACUAUUUCACCAUUGUGUGGAACAUUAUUGAUUUUAUGGUGGUCAUUUUCUCCAUUACAGGAUUAUUACUGCCUAUGACAGUAGGAUACUACCUUGUGCCUCCCUCCCUUGUGCAACUGAUACUUCUCUCACGGGUCAUCCACAUCCUACGUCUUGGAAAAGGCCCAGAGGUGUUUCAUAAUUUGAUGCUUCCUCUGAUUUUGUCACUCCCUGCAUUGUUUAACAUCAGUCUUCUGAUCUUCCUGGUCAUGUUUGUCUAUGCCAUCUUUGGAAUGUACAACUUUGCCUAUGUUAAAAAAGAAGCUGGAAUUAAUGAUGUGUCCAACUUUGAAACCUUUGGUAGCAGUAUGCUUUGUCUUUUUCAAGUUACAAUAUUUGCUGGUUGGGAUGGGAUGCUUAAUGCAAUUUUCAACAGUAAAUGGUCUGACUGUGAUCCUGAUAAAAUUAACCCUGGGACUCAGGUUCGGGGAGAUUGUGGUAACCCCUUCAUUGGGAUUUUUUAUUUUGUCAGUUAUAUCCUCAUAUCAUGGCUGAUCAUCAUAAAUAUGUAUAUUGUUGUCAUCAUGGAGUUUUUAAAUAUUGCUUCUAAGAAAAAAGCCAAAACCUUGAGUGAAGAUGAUUUCAGGAAAUUCUUUCAGGUGUGGAAUAGGUUUGAUCCAGAUAGGACCCAGUACAUUGAUUCUAGCAAACUUUCAGAUUUUGCAGCUUCUCUUGAUCCACCUCUUUACAUGGCAAAACCCAACAAAGGCCAGCUCAUUGCUAUGGAUCUUCCCAUGGCUGUUGGAGACAGAAUUCAUUGCCUGGACAUCUUACUUGCUUUUACAAACAGAGUGAUGGGUAAAGAUACAAGGAUGGAGAAAAUCCUUUCAGAGAUAGAAUCAGGAUUUAUGUUAGCCAACCCUUUUAAGAUCACAUAUGAGCCAAUCACAACUACUCUAAAACGAAAACAAGAGGCAGUUUCAGCAACCAUUAUUCAGCGUGCUUAUAAAAGUUAUCGCUUAAGGCAAAAUGACCAAAAUAGAUCAAAUAUCCAUAUACUAGAUGGUGACGGAAAUGUUCAAACUUCUAGAGAAGGUGACUAUUUUGAUAAAGCCAAGGAAAAGUGA